AUGGCUAGAACACGAAGUUUAGGUCGUGCUAUAAGUAGAGUUAUAGGUAGAGAUAAAAAGGAUGACCAUGAUGCAGUUGAUGUUCCCGAGAGGCGUAGGCCUACUGCAUUAGCCCGUAGGCAACGAGUUCAUCAGAUGACUCAGGAUGUUCCUGACAUGACUGAGGAUGUCCCUGAUAUGGCUGAGGAUGCACCUGAGAUGACUGGGGACGUACAGGGUGAUGAUGGUGCUGAGGGGUCACAUGCUGAUGAUGCUGAGGGAUUCUCAGGUGGGCCACGUGACCCAUCAGUGCUGACAUCAUUUGCAGACCAUGUUGCACAUGCCGUUUGGAGUGGACAUGUGACAUUGAUUGGAAGGCCAGUGCCUGAGAUUGAAGGACUGGUUGGUGCCACAGGAUUAAGUCCACUGAUCGGGUGUUCAGUUGUUACUGGCGAUCCUGGACUUAUAUUCGCAUUUGUGGAGAGGUGGCACAGCGAGACCAGCACCUUGCACCUUCCGAUAGGAGAGUUAACGCUCACACUGGAUGAUGUGUCGUCACUCCUCCAUUUGCCUAUCACUGGCGCGUUCCACAACUUUCAUGCUCUUUCUGCGGACAAGGCAAUAUUUUUGUUGACCGAGUUGCUUGAGGUGUCUGCUGAGGAGGCUAGAGCCGAGAUAGCUCGAUCACGUGGGGCAUACGUACGGCUGGGAUGGGUUCGAGACAUCUAUGAGAUGAGAUGUCAGGCACGGCAGUGGAUUAUAGCAGCUCGUGCUUAUCUGCUGCACCUGGUCGGUUGCACUCUUUUUGCUAAUAAGAGUGCAACAUAUGUUCAUGUGGUGCACCUAGACGCUUUUCGUGACCUGAGUCAGAGUGGUGGUUAUACUUGGGGAGUUGCCACGCUGGUUCAUAUGUAUGACCAAUUAGAUGAAACUUCUAGGACCACUACAUGA